GAAGCCUAGUGGGGACGAAGGAGACCGGUAAGAGCCGUUUCCGGGACAAGCUCAGUGGCAGCUUUUGCUUGGAGCUCGGCGGUAUGCGUGGGCCGUGGCGGCGCCUCUGGGCCCGGAGGGCUCCGGGCCGCGGCUUGCAUACGGCCCCCGCGACCACCCUUCCCCGCCGGCUGGCCGAGAGGCUGGGCCUUUUCGAGGAGCUAUGGGCGGCGCAGGCGGAGAAGGCCCGGAGGCAGCGGCGGCCCAUCCGUGUCCUGGUUCCCGGAGGCCGCAGGCUGGAAGGCGAAGCCUGGAGCACCACCCCCUACCAGGUAGCGCGGCAGAUCAGUUGUUCCCUGGCAGACAGCGCUGUAGCGGCCAGAGUCAACGGCGUCCUCUACGAUUUGGACCGGCCCUUGGAGGGCGAUGCCGACCUGGACUUCCUGACUUUUGAUUCCCCCGAAGGAAAAGCGUUGUUCUGGCAUUCUAGUGCCCAUGUUCUGGGGGCAGCUGCUGAACAUCUUCUGGGUGCCCUACUCUGCCGUGGCCCCAGCACCUCUUGUGGAUUCUACCAUGACAUGGCUCUCAGAGGGAAUCGGACAGUGCGGGGCUCAGAGUUGCCUAUCCUAGAACAGACAUGUCAGAGGAUCGUGGCUGCUGCUCACCCUUUCCGGCGGCUGGAGGCCUCUCGGGAGCAGCUUGGUCAGCUCUUUAAGGAUAACCCUUUUAAGCUUCAACAGAUUGAAGACAAAAUAAAGGAACCAACUGCUACAGUCUAUGGAUGUGGCACAUCAGUUGACCUUUGCAAGGGCCCCCACCUCCGACAUACAGGACAGAUUGGUGUGCUAAAGCUCCUGACGAACUCAUCCUCAUUGUGGGUGGGGUCUUCAGGGGCUGAGGAGCCACUGCAGCGAGUAUACGGCAUUUCCUUCCCCUCCAUUGAGGGGUUGAGAGCCUGGGAGAAGCAGAGGGAGGAAGCAACAGCGAAGGACCACAGACGCAUUGGGAAAGACCAGGAGCUUUUCUUUUUCCACGAGCUGAGCCCAGGAAGCUGUUUUUUCCUGCCACGGGGGACAAGAAUCUAUAACACGCUGAUGACUUUCAUCAGGGAAGAGUAUGCCCGACGAGGGUUCUCCGAGGUGAGGACCCCAACCCUCUUCUCUACAAAACUCUGGGAGCAGUCAGGACACUGGGAGCAUUACAGUGAAGACAUGUUCAUUCUUCAGCCUCCAGAGGCUGAUGGGCCCACUGAUUGCCAGAGUGACUAUUCCACCAGCCAGCGUAGGGACCGGCUGGCCCUCAAGCCUAUGAACUGCCCUGCCCACUGCUUAAUCUUUGCCCACCGACCCCGGUCCUGGCGAGAACUGCCCCUGCGGCUGGCGGAUUUUGGGGCCCUGCACCGAACCGAGGCCUCUGGGAAUCUGGGGGGCCUGACUCGGCUUCGGAGGUUCCAGCAGGAUGAUGCCCACAUCUUCUGUGCUCCAGAUCAGCUGGAGACUGAGAUCCGAGGAUGCCUCGAUUUCCUUCACUCAGUCUACACAGUCCUUGGCUUCUCCUUUCAUCUGGGGCUCUCGACCAGGCCGUCGUCUUUCCUAGGGGAGGUUCACCUUUGGGACCAGGCCGAGCAGAUCCUUCAAAAAGCCCUGAAUGAAUUUGGGAAGCCCUGGGAGCUGAAUCCUGGAGAUGGUGCCUUUUAUGGACCCAAGAUUGAUGUUCAUAUCCAGGACGCCCUGGGCAGACCCCACCAGUGCGGGACUAUCCAGCUUGACUUCCAGCUGCCCCUGAGAUUUGACCUCCAGUACAUGGGGCAGGCGGGGGUCCUGGAGCGCCCGGUCCUCAUUCACCGAGCAGUGCUGGGCUCAGUGGAAAGAAUGUUGGGGGUGCUGGCCGAGAACUAUGGAGGCAAAUGGCCCCUGUGGCUCUCUCCACUGCAGGCCAUGGUCAUUCCUGUAGGAGCUGAGCAAGAGGGUUAUGCACAGGAGGUGCAGGAAGCCCUGCUCGCUGCAGGCCUAGUGGGUGACUUGGAUAAAGAUCCCAGCGUGACCCUUGGCCGGAGAGUGCGGCGGGCCCAGCUCUCCCAAUAUAACUUCCAGUUGGGUGAGUGGUUCCAGGGUGGGGAGCAGAGCCGGCACCUGGAACCCUGGCAUCUGCCCCCAUUCUUAGGUGGUCUCCUCACCUGGGCCCAAAGGAGGAGGGGACCGUGCCAGGUUUCCCUGCCCCCAACUUUGCCUGGUUUCCUAUCUCUGGGAAAGAGGGAGGGAAGGUGAAUGAGCCCCAGAGUAGUUACUGUCUCUGCUCGUUUUUCCUGGACUGUGCCAGCCUGGGGAAAUGGCACAUUCUGGGGCAUAGGGGGUACGGCAUGACUCCGAACCUGGACCUGAAUCCGACCUCGGAAGCCUGAGGCUUGUGGGGGUUUGGGCAGGUCCCAGAGUUUCCAUGUCUGUAAAGGGGUGUGUGUGGAGAUGAGACCCCCCACAUGUCUGCGAUACCGGUGUGGGGCUUUUGUGCAUGCCUCGGUUUCCCCAUCUUCCCAGGACAGGGCCUCUCUGUUAGAAAACGCAUUCCUCGUGCCCCAAGGCCUGGGUGCCCGGGCCUCGGCGCCCAGGGGCAGAUCACCUGCCACUUUCUCUUUUGGCUUACACCGUCUGGAUCUGUGUCUGGUGCAGCGCAGGACGUUCUUGCACCUCUCCUUGUCAGUCUUUGGCAAGCUGCUAACACCGGUCCUGGAAUCCUGACCGGCAGUGAUAGCGGGGCCAGGGAAUGGGGCCGGAAAGGGAAGGAGCUGUUACUUAUCUCUGUCUCCCCAGCUGAGGGCUCAUAGCAGGGGCACAGCUAAAUAUAGCUCUCUUCCUCCGCUGCCACAAGCACUUUCACAGAGCCGCGCUCUCCCAGAACCCCAUGCAUCUGAGCCUGAGCCCCCUGCCCGGCAUCUGACUCCCUUUUUCCUUCCCCAAUAGUGGUGGGUCCCAGAGAGCAAAGUCAAAGGACAGUGAACAUCCGCGCAAGAGAUGGGCGCCAGCUUGGAGAGCGGGCUGUCGCAGAGGUGGUAGG